AUGGGUAGUUCACACAGUCGCGAAGGCCUUGAACUUUCCGACUCAGAAUAUUCUGGCGAGAAUGAAUCAGAAGAGGAGAGUUCUGAGAAUUACGCUGAUGCAGAAGAAUAUACCUCGAAGAGGAAUACUCAGGUCAGUGCCGAAACCCUAGAUGCAAUCGAUUCUAGGCUCCAAUCCUUGAAACUGAAAUACCCAGAACACCCAUCCUCUUCCACGCCAACUUCCAAUGCCAAUCUUAAAAAUGCCGUGAAGCUUUAUCUUCACGUCGGUGGCAACACCCCGAAGGCGAAAUGGGUAGUUUCGGAGAAGUUGACUUUUUACAAAUUUGUCAAAAAAAAUGGUGAUAAUGAUGAUGGGGACGACGAUGACGAAGGAUUGAACAGUAGGGAGGGGUUCUGGGUUUUGAAAGUUGGGGAGAAAAUCAAGGCUAGGGUUACUACCGAUCUGCAGAUGAAAUUCUUUGGGGAUCAGCGGAGGGUAGAUUUUGUGCAUAGUGGGGUUUGGGCUUUAAAAUUUCUGAAAGAUGAGGAGUACAGGACUUUUGUGACAAAAUUCCAGGACUGUUUGUUUGAGAAUGUUUAUGGGUUGAGAGCAACAGAGGAAAAUAAAAUGAAAAUUUAUGGUAAAGACUUUAUUGGAUGGGCAAAACCAGAGCAAUCAGAUGAUUCUAUGUGGGAGGAUGCAGAUGAUGGGGUGUGGAAGAGUCCUGGAAAGACUCCUGAGGGAUUGUCUGAAAGAGGGAAUCAAGAUUUAUUGGAGGAGUUUGAGGAGGCUGCAACUGAUGGUGGGAUUCAGAGCUUGACCUUAGGGGCAUUGGAUAAUAGUUUCUUGGUUAGCAAUUCAGGGGUUCAGGUUGUGAAGAACUUUAGCCAUGGGAUUCAUGGUAAAGGUGUGAAUGUGAAGUUUCUUGAUGGGAAACUAGGAUCCACAUCUGGGCAUUCUGGGACACCCAAGAAGGCUCUCUUGAUGAGGGGAGAGACAAAUAUGAUGCUUAUGAGUCCAUUGAAGCAAGGGAAGCCCCAUUCCACAGGGCUUCACCAGUUGGAUAUUGAAACGGGGAAGAUUGUCACUGAAUGGAAGUUUGAGAAGGAUGGGACUGGGAUUACCAUGAAAGACAUUACCAGUGAUGCGAAGGGGUCACAGUUGGACCCUUCUGAGUCCACUUUCUUGGGUUUAGAUGAUAAUAGAUUGUGUCAAUGGGAUAUGCGAGAGAAACUGGGAAUGGUUCAGAAGAUUGCGAGUGCUGGUUCGCCGGUUUUGCACUGGACCCAAGGGCAUCAAUUCACCAGAGGGACGAAUUUUCAUUGUUUUGCCACGACAGGAGAUGGCUCAAUUGUAGUUGGGUCACUUGAUGGGAAGAUAAGAUUAUAUUCGAGGACUUCAAUGAGGCAGGCAAAGACUGCUUUCCCGGGCCUCGGUUCCCCUAUUACAUCUGUUGAUGUGACUUAUGAUGGAAAGUGGGUGUUGGGCACAACGGAUACUUAUUUGAUCCUGAUAUGCGCUUUAUUCACUGAUAAGGACGGGAAAACUAAGACUGGUUUUAGUGGUCGUAUGGGAAACAAAAUUCCAGCGCCAAGAUUACUGAAGCUGACCCCUGUGGAUGCGCACAUGGCUGGAUCUGAUAAUAAGUUUCAUGCUGGCCACUUCUCAUGGGUUACUGAAAGUGGAAAACAAGAAAGGCAUUUGGUUGCCACGGUGGGUAAGUUCAGUGUGAUAUGGAAUUUUCAGCAGGUGAAGAACAGUGCACACCAUUGCUACCAGAAUCAACAAGGGCUUAAGAGUUGCUAUUGCUACAAACUUGUAUUGAAGGAUGAAUCCAUUAUUGAAAGCCGAUUCAUGCACGACAAAUUUGCUUUUAACAACUCGCCAGAUGCUCCACUGGUUGUGGCUACCCCAAUGAAAGUUACUUCCUUCAGCAUGUCGGGCAAGAAAUGA